CGGGCUCAAUCUACAGUGAGGGCUCGCCGUUGCCGGACGUGCAUGGUGCGUGCGCGUGUAUGUGUGCCCGGGAACGUAAGCAAGCGAAAGUCGUGUGUACGCGCGUGUUUCGGCAAAUUCCUGCAAAAAAAACACACACACACACACACACACAAGCGUGACAGUUUGCGCACAGUUCUACGGAGCGCGUGCGCCCGUUUGUGUGUAUUUCGGCGAAAGCAAAGGUGUUAUGUGUGCGCUAUUAGCUGAUGGCAAACGAACGACCGUUACUUUGCCAAAACACGUGAACACAGGUGCAGGUGCGUUUAUGUGUGUUUGUCUGUGUUUGGCUGUGUGAGUGUGUGGGAUUGUUUGUUCUAAGUAGUGGAUGGGCGGACGGAAAAUCGAUAGCGCAGCCGAAGGAUUCUAAGCUGGCAAGAGGAAAGCACGUGUGCAACAACGAGGAAAGUGGAUGUGUGUGUGUGUGUGCAGUGAACAAUCCAGCAGUGAACAAGUGAAGCUAGAAGAAAGGAAAGGAAAGAAAAGCAAGAAAGAAAGAAACAAAGGGGGAAAAGAGUCGUAACAAGUGUCGCUCAGCUUCUGUCGUGGCUUCCACAUACACAUAUAACGGCGACAACGGUGUGUGAGCUAGUAAACAAACGUCAUCACCAUCAUCUUCAACCUGUGCGCUUUCCACCCCCCCCCCCCCCCCCCCCCAGCUUCCCAACUCCCAUCCCGGGAGGAUGGAGGCGACGACCAUCGAUCAACACCGAGGCAGCGUGUCGCUCGAUUCGGCAGUGCAUCUAGCAAUUAGCAUCAAUCAAUAAGUUGCCAUUACAUGCCCACACACACUCGCACGCAAAUACGCGGUAGCGCAACGAGCGGAGAGAGUUGGCGGCAGCUGCUAGCUGCGUGUCAAAUUCGUGACCCCGCUGCUCUCCUGUACCUUGUGCCCGACGUGAGCAGUGCCGGCGACAAACCGUAUUUGAUCAAACUUACUAUACCUCGCCCCAUUCUUCGUUGCGUCCUUGCGGUGUAAUGCGAGCCGGCCUACCGCCCCCUCCCCCGGUGGUGGACGAGCGGUGGCAAAAAUGGUCCCUCCAGUAGCGAGCAGCAGCAGCAGCCGGUCGCCACGGACGUUUGACGCAGCUCGUAGCACACCCCGGGUCCGGGCCGGCAGCAGCAGUGUGGGCGGCGAUGUGGGCCGAUGCCCAGAACGAUUCGCUGUGUGAGGCAGGCGGAAAGGUGAAGCAAAGGCAAAGAGGAAAGAGUGUGUGUAUGUGAAAGUGAACGUUACAAAAUUACAAAAGAAACGACAAAAGCUACUAUCAAAAAAUAGUUUUGCGAAGAGAACAUUUCGUUGCAGCAGCAGGGUGAAGACGACCGAGUAGGUGGGGUUUUUUGUUCCCCCAUCACCCACAAUCAACCAAACGUUUGAAGAAGAAGAAGAAGAAGAAGGAAAUAAAUAAAAACGCCAACAAAAAGCCAUCUCCAACUCAAACUGCCGAGUUGUGCCGUGGAGAGGGGACAUCAUGCUGUCGGCGGUGGAAAACCUGGGCCCGUCCGGGCCGGGCCGUGUCCCACCGUACCCGCGGCACCAUCCGCACCACCACCAGCUGCCGCACCCGGGGCAGCAGCAUCUGCCGUACCAUCCGCUGCACUCGCUGCUGUCGCCGACCUCGCUCGGCCAGCUGCAUCUGCCGCCGCUGUUGAGCGCCCAGACGCCGCUGCAGCCGCCGCCCCAUCCCAUGUCCUCGGUGGGUGGCGAGUUUGUGCGGCCCUACCCCAAGCAACGGUACGACGACAACCGUGGCUUCAGCAUACCGUCCGCGCUGACGGCCGAGCGGCGGCUCAAGUACGGCGAUCCGCCACCGCCAGCACCGGCCGUGCCGAGUUCGUCCAGCGCCCCCGCCCACACCCAAACUGGCCCGAUCAAUCUGGCGGUGAGUAGUGGUGGUGGCGGUGGCACCAGCAACACCAGCGGAAGUAGCGGAGGUAGCGGCAGUGGCGGAAGCGUAGACGAAUUUGUCGGUGGUGGCGGGGGCUUCCCCCCCUACCUGCCGCACUAUCAGCCGUCCAAUCCGCAGGAAGCGGGCAAUGGUUCCCGGUUUUCGCCCGGCGCAAAUGCUCCACCGGCCGUCGCUUCCUACCAGCAGAAAUAUCAACAGGAACAGCAACAGCAACAAAAAUACCAACAGGAACAACAACAACAACAACAGCAGCAGCAGCAGCAGCAGCAGCAGCAGCACCAAAUGCUUCAAUUUCUCGGCGCUCAGCAACAACAACAGCAGCAGCAGCAACAGCAACAACAACAGCAGCAACAACAGCAACAGCAAGCGAACGGAAACCGGAUGCUCUGCUUUCCCGGCAUGCCGUCACUAGACGUGUUCGUCGGCUAUCCGGGUCUCAACUACGAGAUGUAUCCGUACAGCCGCGUUCAUGGACGGUCCAACUAUUUACCAAACCAGCGACCGCUGGAACCGCGCUACACGUCCGCCGGUACCGCUGCCUCCUUUCUGCCACCACCCCGUCCACCGGCUCCGUCGGCGGAUGCUGCGAGUACUGCGCCGGCCGCCGGAAGCCGCCUACCGAAACCGGCCGCCGCACCGAUCGGCAUCAAACCGAACCGAUGGCUGAUGCCAUCGACGGCACCGUCGCCACCGGCCGCACCGGCCACCAUCAGCUCGUCGCAGCAUGCCGCCGCCGCAGCAGCAGCAGCAGCAAGUGCCGCACCGCUCAGCGCGGGUGUUGAUUCGCUUGUCGCUUCGUAUCGGGCGCUCAAUUCUGCCCACCUGCCGCAUGGCAUGGGUGGCUUCCAGCACCACCACCAUCGGCUUUGGGCCGAAACGCUGCCAGCGCAGCAAACCUACCUGACUGAUCUGCCACCACCGCCACCACCACCUCCACCGAUCGGCGAGGAGGAGAAGGGACUGGCCAGCCGGCUGUACCAUCCGGCACUGCUCGCGCACGACGCGCAGAUGACGCAUAUCGCUGCCUCGCUGCAGGACUCGUUCAUGGCUUCCCGGCAGCAGCAGCAGCAGCAGCAGCGCCAUCGCGCCAAGUUUGCCAACGGUGUACCGUCCAGCACUGCCACUGCCAGCAGCAACAGCAGCAGCCACCAGCCGACGGUCAGUGGUAGUGGACCGGCGCGGCCCGAAUUCAAGGUGCCGAUCGGGGCGGAGAAACAGCCGCCGCCGCCGCCCCGUGCAGGAGGAGGACUGGUGCGAGCCGAGCCGCAGCUAGCAAUCGGUCCCGGACCGUCCUACACCCUUGGGCCGGGGGGAGAUGGGUUGAGCCGUGGAGGCAGUCAGCGCGGCCACUACGAAGCCAAGGCACACGACUUGCCGGAAGAUGCCGCCGCCCAGCAGCACAUACUGCACACGACGGUGGUGAAGCCAAAAAUGUUCCUGCGCGGCUCGAUGAUUUCGUUCCAGAAUGGGGUGAAGAAACCGGUCGAGGAGGUGCGGCUGGAGGACUUUCUGCGCACCGCCGCCAUCUCGCCGGACGUGCGGCUGACCGAGGCGCAGACGCGCCGCAUCACGCCCCGCUACAGCAGCGGCGGUGGCGACGGUAGUGGCCCGGGCGAGCCGUGCAAAAAGAUUCUCGUCCGCUUCACCUACGACCAGCAGCAGCGUUACAGUGCGCUCGAGACGACGAUCGACUAUCCGUUCUUCGUCACUACGAAGGGCUGGGCAUCGUACAGCCCGGACCGGACGUUCGCCAACUACGGGCUGGAGUGUGCCCGGAUCGAGCUCGGGGACGUGUUUAUCGUGCUCGUGCCGCGCCACCAGUCCGGCGAGCGCCAGCUGCUACUCGAAGAGGAAGAGGAGGUGCAGAAGGAGCAGGAGGACGAGAUGGUGGUGGAGGAGCAGGACGAUGGGCCCGAGCGGCUAGCAGUGCCGCCGGCCGAAAAGCAGCUGCGCCUGGUCAACAUGUUUUCGCUCAAAGCGGCAGAGCAGCAGCAGCAGCAGCAGCAGCAAAGUGCGGGCCAGCACCAUCACCCUUACCACCACCACCACUUCCAUCGGCACCACCGGCAGCAGGAAGAGACCACCAUCGCCAGCAGCAACAGCAACAGCAGCAGCCCGCCGAUUCUGAUCGACGACGAGCCGUGCCGGGACUGGCUGACGGCUGGCGUAGGCUCAGGGCCGCCACAGCCCGUCGGGUACGCCGCCGGUGGCAGCAAGCGCCGCCCGGACAGCCAGCGCCGUGGCUCGGCCAAGCGCAAGCUGACGGAGCAGCACGGGCCGCCGGGCAGCAGCGCUGGCGGUGGUGACAGUCACCAUCAUCCCACCGAUCGGAAGCGUCGCACCGCCAGCAGCGACUCGAUGGAGUAGCCUUCCCAGCGUGCAGUGUAAUAUUUAAGCAGUAGGCGGCCUUAGCGUGCUGAAAUGCUGCGCCGAAUAAGGGGAUAAAACAAGAGCUAGAUAUAACAGCAACAAUUGUAAAGAAAAAUGGGAGGGAGAAAAGGGAAAAACUUUUUAAAAGUACCGCACUAAACGAUUUGUAAGUAGCAGCGCAGCAACAACAGAGAGCACACACACGGACAGAGUAGCGUGUGGCGUGCGUGAUUUGCUCGGUUUUACAGGUGUUUGUAGAGGAAGCUAAGCUGGGAAGGAAAUCCAUCCACGCAGAGCAGCAUACCGCUUUGGUUGGUUGCGCGCCUGGGCUGUGGUGGUGUUGUAUAUUAGUUUAUUUUUUUGCUGCUGCCCCAUAGGGUAUUUUGUAAGAGGCAUUAACUGAGAAUGACUGCCAUUUAGUGAUUUUCUUUAGCGUUUUUUUUUUUCAUUUGUUAAUCUAAUCCCUUUCUGGUAGGGGAAUGAAAGGUCCAACAAAGAGGAGGAGAGCAAGGAGCACCAAUUCGCUAGCCAAACAAGAAAGGAGGAGGAGGAGGAGUAGUAGUAACGGGGGGGGGAUGGUCUCCGAAAAGACUGAUUUAACCACACGCACACACGGCUGCGGUGGUGUAGAGGUUUCGCGCAGCGGCUGCUGCGCGCGCACGGUUUCACGAACAACGCGUUCACGCGCAAACAACGCACACACACACACACAUACGCACAGGAAAGCCACAUGCUGCAGCAUCUGCAAAGCAGCAACAUUUUGGAAUCUCUCGGCUACGCACCGCGCGCAACCCGCUAGGAGAGAGCGACUCAAACAAAACAAAAUAUUCAAUUGGUAUUGCGCGCGAGGAGAGAAGGGAGGAGACGCGCGCGUACCUGUGAUAUGCUUACCGGGUCCCUCUCCCCACGACACAUCUCCCAUUGCUGUGCCGUCCACUUAGCAGCUAGUGCGCGCGAUAUUUGAAGCUUAUCGAAAACGAAGAAAAAAACAAAAAAAAAUAACUGGAAAACCUAACACACCUCCAUUUAACAGAGGCCACAAAACACACACACACUCGCACUUGUUGUUUACACUUUUCUGUCACAUUUUGCAUUAUUUUUCUUUUUUCAUUUUCCCAUUUUUUUAUUUUUUUUUUCAAUAUUUUUUUGUUAUUGUUUUGCUAGAAAAAGUUACGAUGAAUUUUUGCAUUGGAGAAGAUUGAAUUACCAACCAUGAAAUACUGCUUCUUUUCUUAUUUUUAGAUUAGAUUAGAUUAGAUUGCGGAAAAAAUGCUAUUAUAUUAUAAACUAAAGAGUCUGCAGAUGCGCGGCUUGCUGUGUGUGUGUGUGUGUGUGAGGUGGUGUAGUGAGCAUCGUCCUUAAAGGCGUGUGUUGUGUUAGUUAGGAAGAAGAAGAAGAUGAAAAACACAGUCAGUGGUUCAGCACUCGGUUCCUUUUCGCUCGUUUGAUUCUCAUUAUUCUGUAUGCCAAUUAGCAAAGAUGCACGAAAGAGAGAAA